UGGAGGGCGUCAACUUUGUUGUGUAAUGAAGGUGUGUCUAAUAGUAGAGUAACAGAUACCGCUGCUUAGCCAUUAAAAGACCCUUAUAUACUGCAGUGAUAUAUAUGGCUAGAAUGUUAAUGGUCCAGUGAAAUUAUAAAUAUCCACUCAUUCCUAAAUAAUUUGUGAAAGAUCAUCAGUGCUGGCUGUGGGGUCCAGGGUUUUGGUUUUGGAUCUUUCGCGGGAGCCGGCCGGUAAGCUGCCGCUGCAGAAGCAUCAGCUGUCUCGGUGGCAAUUGUUCUCUCCAGCUUGCAGAAAAAAGCAAUACAUAAAUUCCACUAUGGAAAAUAAUGCAACGAGGUACAGUGUACAGUUGUAUAUUUAUGACUUGUCAAGAGGAAUGGCACGCAAUCUCAGCCCUAUCAUGCUCGGGAAACAACUUGACGGCAUUUGGCACACAGCCAUAGUAGUUUAUGGAGACGAGUUCUUCUUCGGAGGGGUGGGCAUUUCGAGCUGUUCACCGGGCGGAACGAUGCUGGGGCCUCCAGAUACAGUGGUGGAGCUUGGGGAGACCGAGGUGUCGGAUGAGAUCUUCAUGGACUACCUUUCAUCCCUAGGAGAGAGCACAUACAGAGGCGACCGAUACCGACUGUUUGAACACAACUGCAACACGUUCACCAAUGAGGUGGCCCAGUUCCUCACUGGCAACUCCAUCCCAGCCUACAUCACCGACCUGCCGUCCGAGGUCCUCGCCACGCCGUUUGGUCAGAUACUUCGGCCAAUCCUGGACUCUAUCCAUAUAGCCCCUCCCGGAGGGAACGUAAUCAACGGGGGCCGCAACAACUAAACCAAGCGCACCCAAUCUUUCUAAAGGGUGUUCUCCAGGUCACUCGCAUCAUAGUCGCAGACUGGAAUUCAGGAUUUUUAUUUAUUAAUUUAAAUGGGCACAUGCAUACAAAAUGUGUUGGAUUUCAUGUAAUCCAAUAUCUUCAGGAUUGAUUGUUGGGUUGGUUAUGGUCAAAAAAUCCAACCACUUUUUACAAUUAUUUGUCUAUACAGUGAAAAGGAGCAUGGCGUUUGCGUAGUGCGAGUGUAGCCGAAAACUAGUGAUCUACCCUGUUGGCUUAACACAUGUGGAAUGGACUGAUCAAUCCAACUCAACUGUUAUCCACAUCCUGUAUGCUACUAACCAUUUAAGAAAAAAUAAUAUUGUAUUUACUAGGAAACCCCAUUUAAUGACUAAAUGCAUUCAUGUUGUUUACUGAUUUAGAAAUGAAUGCAAAAGGAGGGAGGUAAGAUCUGGGUGGAAGUCGAUUUUCAAUAAGCCCAUUCUCGGUUAAGGUACUUUUUGUUUUUAUGUUCUUUUUUUUUAUUGACUUUGGUUCAUAUUUUUUUACCCAACUCCUUACCUUAGUUCUGUAUCUUAGUUUCUAUAAUUCUCAUAAUAUGUGAAUUCCAAAUCUAUUACUGUAGGCCGAUCGUAGAUUAAACAAUUAACAAUCAUUCAACAAUUUUAGAACCUAAUUACUAUCCUAAGCCCCUGACUAUACUCAUCAUAGUGAACCAUGUUAUUGUAUUAUAUAUUGACUAAAUGUUAAUUGUUUCGGAAAUCAUAAUAUCAUCUGUUGCGAUAUCUCCAUAAACAACUCAAACAUGAAGUGUUAAGAACUUUUUAAGGUAAAAUUCCCAAGAAGAGGGAGACACAAAAGUAUUAUACUGUAUUUCGUCUUAGAGUAACUAAUUCUAGUUUAAAGACAACAAACAAUUACAAAUUACUUUUUGAGAUUAAAUGGAGAAAGCAAACUCUUCGUUUGUAGUUUUUAUUCUUUUACAAACCAACUAACCGACAAGCUUUGCCAACAGGUGACUACUGAAAUGUAUCAAUGCACAAGUAAACAGUUUUUUAACCCUGUACUGUAAUAUUCGCUUCUGCUUUAUGUUAUGCAAUUCCUGUUCCUUGCUGCUACAUAGGAGACAUUUUAACAGAUUUUCAGACUAUAUUCUAUGAGCCAUUUAGAUAAGCAUAUGUUAAGUAUGUUUUUUUACAUAGCUUUGUUGUACGUUUCAUAAAUUGUAUGAAAAUUCUUUAUAUGCAUAUAUCCAGGACAAUUAGGUUAUUAUUUUGUAAUGUAUUAAAAAAUUGAUGACCGCAAGUUGUCUUGCUUAAAUACAUUGUUGCUUAUUUGUUUUGGAUGUACAAUAUAAAUAGCUGUAUUAUCGUUAAAUGGAGAUUUUCUGUAACACCCUUCCACAUUUGUUAUUCCAGCUGUCAAAGGACUUGUUUUUAUUUAAAGGGGAUGGAACUAUAUAGAUGACCAAUAUCAUUUAAUAAUGACGACGUGAAAGAUGAAAACAAUUUUUAUAUGGCAAUUAAAUUAAAUUGUACAUUUGUACCUUGGCGUAACAUAAUUUUCUCUUUUCCAAAUAAUGUACUGAACAAUUGCGUGCAUGCGCAUUGCCAAGCGUACAACAACACAUGUAAGGGCGUACCCAACAAGGUCACGGGUGGAGCUGACCGCCGAGUAAUGUUGGGUAUGUACUUAUCUGCUUUUCUCAAAGAUGACCUGCACACCACUUAAUCAUCAAGUAAGAAGUUUCAUCUCUGGGGACAGAGCCAAGAACCAUCACCUCUCAGGGGCUCCUGAGGUCAGGGGUCGGGCCAACUGCCCCAUCAUACUCAAGAGGCAGACGUCCAAACAAACAGUAUCAGACUUCACAUAAUUUCAUCGUACCAACCCUCUUCACAUGAUUUUUUUUUGCGGUGUGUACUAAUCAAGGGAACAGUACGGCGCCUUGGUUGGAAGUUACUAUUUUUUAAUGACAGUAAGCUAGAGAGGCACUAGCUAAGAACAAAGCCCGGCAAGUAGUGCAAAUUAACAAUCCUAUGUGUUCAAAAUGCCUGUAGACUAGACGUUUCAUGUCCGAGCAAAAGUCACCAGUUGUAGGGACAGUGCUGUUGGACAAAUGUGUACUCCUGAGUUAUUAACUUAGAGAUCACAUCUCUGAAGGCGGAGCCAAGAACCAACAGACACUAGAGCGUCUCGGAGGUCAGGGUUGGAGCAGAAUGCCACGUCAUCCUCAGAGGCAGACAUCUUGACUGAUCUAUUUGCUUUUCUCUGAGAUGACCUGCCGACCAACCAAAUUCACAUUAAUAGAAACCUUCUAACACUUCUCUACUUUUACUAAAUUUUGUUUGCAUACAAUGCUUGUUGUGCUGCCUCUUCUACUUAAGGGCACAGCAAUUUUUUUUUUUUUAAUGAUACUACUUUCUCAAUUAAUACAUACCUGUGAAUGGUCUUCGAGAAGGUGGUGUAUCUACACAUGUUGGCAUUUUCCAAUCAAAGCACCAGGCAAGAAUAAUGGAAGGAGAGCAGGGAAAAAUAUGAUUGACGCUCACAAAAAACUGUCAAACUGUUCAAAAGAAAAACACAGAAUGGUGAUCUACAGCCUCGAAGUUUAAGGGGGGGGGGGGGGGGGGGGGAUGUAGCAACAAGAGAAUUGUCCUGAAAGCUGCAUUUUUAUCUUUUAAUCACUAUGAUUGUAUGAUGGUUUGCUUAUAUGUUUAUUAAAUGUAUGCUCUGAUCACAAUAUCUGCUGGAAGUCAGGCUGAGCUUAUGGACCUUUACACCAUGCCAGUUGUUGAUAAAAGCCAUUGCUCUUCCUAACUGUCUGGGUAACCCUUCUUGUGCGUGCUAGCAAGCAAUAUAUGGUCUCUGUCUCUGAAGCCAUUGGCUUUGAACUGUACAUAGCACUAAUCUGCUUUACUUACUGCACACUGUCAUUGCACUGCACGUUUUAUUUCCUGUCUGAAUUACAUUCUUAUUGUAUUGUUGUGGUGCCUUAUAUCUGUAUUUAUUUAUGUUUUGUGACCCACGCAGCAAACCAAUAACUAUCUUUUAACUAUCCAGCAGAGAGCAGUUUUGUUCUUCCUCUAGCCAUCGUGGAGAGGAAUUAGGUGAUUUUCCCUAUUUUUUCAGUAGAUAAAAAGUAGACACUGUAACUCAAAAUCCUGGAGACCAUAUAUAUUUAUUCCAAACUACUGAACAAAUGUACAAAUCAUUAAUUUU